GCGGCGGCAACAUGGCGGACGUGCUAAGUGUCGGAGUGAACCUGGAGGCCUUUGCUCAGGCCAUCAGUGCCAUCCAGGCGCUGCGCUCCAGCGUGAGCAGGGUGUUCGACUGCCUGAAGGAUGGUAUGCGGAACAAGGAGACGCUGGAGGGCCGGGAGAAGGCCUUCAUUGCGCACUUCCAGGACAACUUGCAUUCGGUCAACCGGGACCUCAAUGAGCUGGAACGUCUGAGCAAUUUGGUAGGCAAGCCAUCCGAGAACCAUCCUCUCCAUAACAGUGGGUUGUUAAGCCUGGAUCCUGUGCAGGACAAAACUCCUCUUUAUAGUCAACUCCUUCAAGCAUAUAAAUGGUCAAACAAGUUGCAGUACCAUGCAGGUCUGGCGUCUGGCCUUUUGAAUCAACAGUCCUUGAAACGCUCUGCUAACCAGAUGGGAGUAUCUGCUAAACGGAGACCAAAGGCUCAGCCCACGACUCUUGUCUUACCACCUCAAUAUGUUGAUGAUGUGAUCAGCCGCAUUGACAGGAUGUUUCCUGAAAUGUCCAUCCACUUAUCCAGGCCCAAUGGUACAUCAGCAAUGCUUCUGGUGACCUUGGGAAAGGUGUUGAAAGUGAUUGUCGUCAUGCGGAGCCUAUUCAUUGAUCGAACAAUAGUAAGGGGAUAUAGUGAAAAUGUCUACACAGAAGAUGGCAAGCUUGAUAUAUGGUCCAAAUCCAACUAUCAAGUAUUCCAGAAGGUGACGGACCACGCCACCACUGCCCUGCUCCACUAUCAGCUGCCCCAGAUGCCCGACGUCGUGGUCAGAUCCUUCAUGACCUGGUUAAGAAGUUACAUAAAGCUGUUCCAGGCCCCGUGCCAGCGCUGUGGGAAGUUUCUACAAGAUGGCCUUCCCCCGACGUGGAGGGAUUUCCGAACCCUCGAAGCCUUCCACGACACCUGCCGUCAGUGACCCAGCCCCAGCCCGGCCUGCAGGCCCCAUCUAGCACCUUCCCAGACAAGCCCUCAGUCGGAUGGCUCAGACCUAUCCUCCCCGCCAGACACAAUACCGCCACUCGGCCCGUUCCUAAAGCAUAUCAUACGUUAAGGCUGAGCCUCUUGCAGAGCAGAUUCCAUCUUGUGUUGAUGGGACUAAUUCUACACUGUAACUGGUUUAUGGAAGGCAGAGAAGACCUUUUUAGAACUCAGAAAGUUAAGCAGCAUGUUCUUCAUUGUAUGUUAGCAACGCUGGUGAAUUGAUCCUCCUGGGUCUGUGUUCUAAGUCAUUUUCACGAGCCAUUAUCGUUUGAAUGAGCCCAUGUUCAUAUAUAUUGUCACGCUGGGUGUUUUGUUUCGUUUUGUAACUUAUAUAUUUUUUUUUUAUAUAAGCAGUAAACCUUUUGUACCCCGGA